CCAACUGGAUGCUUCACAGUUAUACAUCCGGUGAAAUAUCUGGCUCAUUGUUUUAUCUGUGUCGUCACAUUCGUGAAACUAGAUAGCUAUAAACAAAGAUGGUGGAUUGUUAAAAAUAAUAACACUACCUGAAAGAUAAGUAACAUCUUUCAUUUGUGGUACUACUCGCACAGCAAACAAAAUGUCAAAAUUGGAAUUGUUGAAUAUAUUUCUUACGAAGAGAUUAACCGCGGCUGCCGAGGAGAUAUUUGGAGCUGUGAAGGGUACGAUAGUUGAGUACCAGACAGAAAUCGUUCGCUCUAAGGAGGAGAACAAUCGUCUCCGAAAGCUGCUGGAUAUCGCUGUUCAGCGCGUUCUACUUCAAACAGACCACCAUGCUAUCCAUCUCACUGAAGAUGCAUCUUCCCCUGAGCAGCAGCACUGUGAGCAGGAGUGGAGCCCCGGUCUGGGCCAGGACCCAGAGCCCACACUGAUUAAAGAGGAACAGGAGCUCAGAAUCAGCCAGGAGGAAGACCAGCGUCACGGUCUGGAGUCUGAUACCAAAGGAGAGUCUACAUUAACUCCUCCCUUUGUUAAAAGUAACUGUGAUCAGGACCCAGCUCAGCCUUCACAUCUUCCACAUACCCAAACUGUGGACAUCAGAGAAGGAGACUCUUUAGCCAGAACCAUAUCUUCUAAGCAGAUCAAAAUAGAAAAUGAAGAAGGCUACAGCACAUCAGAACCAACCAGUGACUUACAGACCAUCUUCAAUGUAAAUUCAGACUGUCUUGCAGCUUCGAGUGAAAACGGUGCCCAACCCAAUAUGAACAAUAGAAUUCAGAGAGAAGGACUCUCAGGAUAUAAGGCCCCACAGGGAACAAGCAGUGCAUAUGAAAGAGAAAGUAUGGGUCUACACAUAGAUGUCAGAGGCCAGAACACCUCAAAGCUGCCUCCACAGAGAUCUCCCUAUCAACCCCAGGGCAUACAGAGAGUGUAUCGUUGCAGAGAGUGUGGGAAAUGCUUCAGUUUCUCCUGUCAGUUAGAGGUCCACAUGCGAUGGCACACCAAGGAAAGACCAUUCAGCUGCUCUGUGUGCAGAAAAGGCUUCACAACCAUCAGCAUGUUGAGGAGGCACCACCGCAUUCACACUGGAGAGAAGCCCUUCCGCUGUCACAUCUGUGGGAAAUGUUUCAACCAGUCGGCUCACCUCAACACUCACUUUAAAAUUCACCCAGGGGAGAGACCACAUGGCUGGAAAAUGGCUCGGUCAAAACGUUAACAGCAGAGACAUUUAAGCUCUCUCUUGAAAUGAAGUUCUGAGCACAGAAGGAGAGUGACAUGUAAAUCUGGGCAGUUUAAUUAUUGUCCAGGAUUUAAAACACUAGAAGAAUCAGUGAUUGAUGUUUGAACAAUGCAUUACAAUACAGUGGGGAAUGGGAAUAACUUUGAGUAAUGAAAAUGUUACUGUUUUUCACUGAUCCAUGUGAUUGUGUUGCUGCAUGCGUCAUCAUCUGAAGCCAUGUUCAGUGCCAGCAUGAGGAUAUGAAUACUGCUAGAAGCUAUAUAUAUGUCGACUGAUGUUGUUCUUUUGUAAUUACACUACACAUUUUACAGGAAGCAGAGGAUGUCACCUGUUUUAGUAGAUGCAGAUCAAUCAAUUAAUUUGAUCCUCAUCUAUUUCCCCUUAGGACUUGGACAUGACUGCUGGGCUGUAUGACUAUCCUAUUAGGGCCUUGACAGUUAUCCUUGAUGAAAUUACUGUGUCAAAAUGUAGUGUUCUGUACUGAAUGUUAACUGUUUUGUAAUAAAUAAUUGGUCAAAUGUU